AUAUAUAAUCAACAAAAGGGAAAUAAGUUUCAAAUCAUAUAAUAAACGCGAGAUUUCAGCGACUGUUUUAAUCAGUGUGUCAUAUAGUGUUUCUCUCUCAUCGUUAUUACGUUAUCUUGUGAAUAAUAUUGAAAUGCAUCUGUUAUAUCUUGUUUCUAUUUUUGCCCUUGUGACAUCAAUAGUAGGUGAAAAUUGCGACUGCAAGCAAUGCGAUGCAAACAAAGUAAUCGGUCUUGAAAAUGAUAAUGAAUCAGAGGAGGAUACUGACAAUGAUGGAAAUCGAAUAAUUUGUGCUCGAGAUCGUGAUUAUGAUGAUCGAUCAUUCCCAAGUAUAUGCCAUAUGCGUUGUUUUAAUAGAUGCACUCGUUUUGGGCUACAAACCCUCGACGAUAGUGAUGAAGAUAUUAAAGUUUAUGCAUUAUACAGAACAAAUUAUUACAAAUUACAUGACGGAGAAUGUGAUACAUAAAUUUUUGAUAUAAAAAUUAUGCAAUUAUUUGUUAUACGUUGGGAUUUGUCUAAUUUUCAUUAUUAUUGUAAUAUUAAUUUUUUUUGAAGAGCAUAAAACAUAAAAAUGUAUAAAAAUA